CAGUCAAGCCCCCCUCCUCCUUCCAUCUUCUUCUUACCCUCUCUCUCUCUCUCUCUCUCUCUCUCUCUCUCUAACAUAAACCGCCUCCAAGCUGCAAGUUCAUGCUGGCUGCUCCUCAGCUCUCUGCCUCUUAAACCAGCAAAGGCGGCCAUGUAUGUAUGUAUACAUCUCGCUUUUCCUUUUCUCUCUCUUAGCCUUUGGGUUUUGGGGUUUCAGUUAAAGUAGAGAGUGGAUUCUGGGUGUUUUUUCCUCUCUUCCCUUCCCUUCCCCUCCCCCUCCCUCUCUCCAUAUUUUCCCUCUCUUCAUAGUUUCUUUCUUUGCUCCCUCUCUCUCUCUUCUCUCCCCUCUAGUCCUUUUGCUCUAGGUUUUCAUAAAUAGUCUUACAGUUUUCGCUGAGGAACUUGCCUUUCUGGCCCCCCCAAGCUUCAAUUCAUUUCAGCAGAAGGGCGUCCGCCAGUUCAAAUCGGGAGGGUUAGGAGGCUGAUUCGAUCGAGCUGGGGAUGAAGGUUUCUGACAACAAGAAGUGGCUGUUUGAUACUAGAAGAACGUACUUGUGCUUGUAGUAUCCGGGGAAGCGGGAUUACUUAGAGGAGUUAUUAUUAUUAGUUAAGAAAAGGUAGCCCAGCCAUGAAUAACAGCAAGGGCAGCAACUUGAGCUCGAACGUAGCCAGCAGCUCCGACCUCAUCGAUGCAAAGCUAGAGGAGCACCAGGUCUGUGGGUCGAAGCUGUGCCCCAGCUGCGGUCACAAGCUUGAAGGCAAGCCGGAUUGGCUAGGUCUACCGGCAGGAGUCAAGUUUGACCCAACGGACCAAGAGCUGAUAGAACACCUCGAAGCCAAAGUUGAAGCGAAAGACAUGAAAUCUCACCCUCUCAUCGACGAGUUCAUCCCCACCAUCGAAGGCGAAGACGGAAUCUGUUACACCCACCCUGAGAAACUCCCAGGAGUGACUAGAGAUGGGUUGAGCAGGCACUUCUUCCACCGGCCCUCAAAGGCUUACACAACUGGAACACGAAAGAGGAGAAAGAUUCAAACUGAAUGCGACCUCCAGGGAGGUGAGACGAGGUGGCACAAGACCGGGAAAACCCGGCCAGUUAUGGUCAAUGGGAAACAAAAGGGGUGCAAGAAGAUACUUGUGCUUUACACCAACUUUGGGAAGAACCGGAAACCCGAGAAAACCAAUUGGGUCAUGCACCAGUACCACCUCGGACAGCACGAGGAGGAAAAGGAAGGUGAGCUUGUGGUCUCAAAGAUUUUUUAUCAGACACAACCGAGGCAAUGUAAUUGGUCGGACAGGAGCGGCAGUGCAAGUACGGUCGGGGAAGUAAGUGGUGCUAGUGACCACAAUUUUGGUCGGAGAGGGAGCAGCAGCAGCAGUGUGACUAAUCAUAUGAGCUGUUCAGCUUCUAAUAAGGAGGUCAUCCCGCAACAGGAUGAAAUUUCCGCUGCCGUUGCUAGUGCUGCCAAUAUUUCAGGUUUCAGUUCGGCCACCAUGGAUAUUCAGCAGCUCAAGACGGAACAUUUCGGAUUUGUCCCGUUCAGAAAGACCUUUGACGAGGUGGGGAUAGGGGAGGUUUCAACAGUAAGGGAAGCACCGUCUUCAGUGGGGACAUGCGAGAGCGAUCCAUACCAGAGAACAUCACAUCCCAUGGCACCCCAACAGCAGCCAUUGCCUUUGCCACCGCAUCCCCAUAUCGCUGCAGCCACAGCCACCGCUGCCUUCCACAUCAGCCGGCCAUCGAAUCCCAUCUCUGCCAUCAUGGCCCCACCUCCCCUCCACCACACCUCCAUUAUCCUUGAUGAGCAUGAUUCUUACCAUGUCUCUCGAAUGAUGCUUCAAAAUGAAUUUCAGCAACAACAGCAGCAUCAACAGCAGCAGCAACAACAUCAUAAAAUGGGAGGACGGACUGCCACAGGCUUGGAGGAACUAAUAAUGGGCUGCUCAUCCACUGAUAUCAAAGAGGUUCGUCUCAUAAUACGUACGUACCGAAGAAACUUUCGGGAAAAAAAAAAGAAGAAAGGAAGAGAUACGUACUGUCAAAGAAAUAUAAGGACAAAAAAAAGGAAGGGAAACAGAUUUGUUUUGUUGUUAUUUUAUGCUAAAAAAGAUAAAAAUAAGUAGAUGCUCUCUUCCUUUAUUUUUUCGACCCCCUCUUUUAUCUCCUUCUCCCUUUACUUUUUUUCCCGUUAGUUAUGAUUUGAACAGCUCCUGCAUAAAGAUAUUCUUGGUAUUUGAAACUUCGGGCCGAGUUAUUUUUCGGUUUUCUAAAUUUCUCAUUUUAUAUAACACUCGUGUUGGAUAUUAGUUCUACAUUGUUACUUAUUAUUAAGGCUUUAUUAUCAAAACAUAAAAAAUAUCCUGACUUCUUUGCUAAAAUCUUGCUUCUAUAACAUUUUUACUUUUUAAGAAAUGCAAGAAAAAAUAGUAUUACAACUAUCCGCUCUUAUUUAUUUUUGUUUAGGGAUAAACUGUAUUUGUUUUAUUAUGUCACUCUAAAAUAACUCGAAAUUUUUGAAUGCUCAUUAAUAUGUAUUUUAUGAAUAUAUUCGAUAAUACAUUAAGCUACUUCAUUCGUCAUUUUUUUUAUUUGGUGGCAUAAAUUAUUAUAUUUUGGGGGUAAAUUACUUUUUUCUCUUCUUCUUUUUCUUGAUUAUAAGGGAAACUCAUGAAUCUAGUACAUUGAAAUAGAAAUUCUAAAUAUAAUAAAGAGGUACGGAUAGUCUUACUGAAUAUCGGACCUGGAACCUCUUAAUCAUCAGGCGAGAGGUGUGUCACUGCGCUACAUUCUCUCUUGAUUACUUUUUUUUCUCUUCUUGUUAUGGUAUAUCUACCUUUUUUCCCCUUUCCUUUCUUACUUUCAAUAAAAGAAAGAAAGAGAAACUCAACCUUAAAUCUCUCUUAAUAUAAUAUACGCACACACAAAUUUUGACAUGGGUAGAGGAAAAUUAACUGUUUGAUCCUAUAAUUAUGUAGCAAACAACAAAAAGCAAGCUAGGAAAUAAAAAACACAUAAAAUAGAUGGGACUAGGCAAGUUCUCUUUCCAAGUAAUAAUUGCGCUUUAUUAUGUCGUUAUUAAGACAACAGCAGCCGACAAAUGCAAUUAUAAGAGGACAAAGAAUGCAGCUUCUUCCUCCAUUGUUCUCUCGGGGAAAAAGCUUGCCGUAUACUCCCUAAGCCCCCGUUCUUCACAUGUUCCCCGCUCUUUCCUCACUAAAUUAUACGUAUACAUUGAGUGACUAUCUAGAUAAAAUCAAUCAUAUCACUCAUGUGGUACAGUACUUGCUACUGUUAAUUAAUGUCGUUAAAUGUAUUAAGCAUGAGAAAAUUACAUCAUAGUGGAAACCUGAGUUUCUACUUUUUUCUUGUGUUGUGAGCUUCUUGAUUCAGAUAAUCGACUCGGUAGCAUGGCUCUAUUAGGCACUCUUUUGGUAGUUACGUAUUUGGUCCUCUCCCAUUCAUGAAUAAUAUUCUCUUGUACUCAAAAGAAUUAUUCUCUUGUACUAUUGUUCUUUUCACGCUACUAAGGUUGAGCCCCUCUUAGUUUCAUAUCCCUCUAUUUGUUACGAAAAGAUAGUUAAUAUAGUUAAGAAUGUUGUAGUUUGUGCAAACAUCUAAACAUGUGAAACAAACGGAGUUACGUGGCAUUAAUGAAAUCACAGGUUAUAGAUCCUUUUGGAGUUUGGACAUGAGUUUGUCCUGUCGUAUCUAUUUCCAUGUGUGUACUCAAUAUUUGGGGCAUAAUGAUAUAUAUAUAUAUAUAUAUGUGUGUAUGUAUAUGUAUAUGCACAUAUGCGCAUAUGUAUAGUUGCCACAUGCAUAUAUAAUGCAAGAUAUAGUACAAGCUGGCAGAUUAGGCAGAAAAUAUUGCACUUGCAAAAUAUCGCAUGCUUUUCCCUUUAGUUUCGGCAUUACAUUAUAUAUAUCUUUGAGUAAUUUCGUAACAUACGCACAAAAAUAGAUGUAAACAUCGUACUAGCCGGUAUUAAAUGUCUGUUUUUUUUGUGGGU